AUGCCCCCGGUGUCCAGGCCGGGGGCUCUGCUGGGCGGGGGUCCUGGCUCAGCUAGGCUGAUCGCGGGGUCUGGCGGUGGCGGCAGGGAGUGCGUCAAGGACAGGCCUAGACACUAGCAGGGAGCGCAGCCCAGAAUGAACCCGGGAACCCCCCGCCCAAGAUGCACCAGGGCACCCCUCUGACCUCCGGGCUCCCGAAGAUGUCAGCGUGCAGUGAGUUUGUGGAGCACAUCUGGAAGCCGGGCUCCUGCAAGAAUUGCUUCUGCUUGCAGAGUGACCACCAGCUGCAGCGGUCCUCCUCCGUGGUCCAACCUGGGGCCCCCAGGAGGGGGCCCACAGAGGAGGAGGGCUGCGGCCCCUCGCCCUGCACCAAGCCCACCAUCGCAGUGAAACCCACCAUGAUGAGCACAGAGAGCACAGAUGCAUGGGCUGGGAUGGAGGCGGGCCCUGAGACCCCACAGGUGCUCUGGAGGCCCACGCCCAGCAAGCUUCCCUUCCUGGAACCCCAAGACACUCCGAGAACCUUCUCCACCAGCAGCCUCAGCCCUCACAGCCUCACCGCCAGCGCCCGGCUGGGUCUGCCCAGCCUGGCAAGGCCAGGGAGCAAGGAUAAGGGAGGCCACGAGGACAGUGCCACCCCUCCCUGUCAGGAAUCACCACCUCUGGUCCACCAGAGCUUCCACCAGAAACUGGCUGCCUUCUUAGAGAGGGCUGGGGGCAGCAGCACGCCUCACACCGGAGGCCUGCCCUCUGCCUCCAGGAGCAAGGAUCUGCAGCCCUCGCCUGGCAGGGACCUCGACGGGGGAGAGUACUGCGCCAUCGCUGAAUGGUGUCCUGCCAGCGUGCAGGGCUCCAGAGGUGGGCACGAGAAGGCCAGGCCUGUACCCCGGGGUGCUGCUGAGACUGCCUCGGCCCGUGAGGAGGGCUGGGGCCCCAACCUGAGCAGGGGACACUGCUGUCAGGACCCUCCAGAGAGCAGCUGCGCCUUCACGUUGGCCCAGAGGAAGCUACCCCAGGCCUUGGAGGCAGCCAGCCUGUCCGAUGGCCUGUCCAACCCCCCUGCUGGGCACCCAGACAGCGACUACUGCUCCCUCUCAAGGCAGCCUGAACUGAGGAGACUGCAUGACCUAGGCCCAAAUGGGGGGAGCCCCAGCAAAUCCUCAGGUUCCCUGAGCCAGCCCCCAGAAUGCAGCCCGCCAGAGCCCAUCUAUGCUGAGAUCACCAAGAGGAAGAAACCGUGCCCACUGUCCUCCACCCUGCCAGGCACAAGUGAGCAGGCUGGGCACAGCCUGGGCCAGGACCCAGCAGGGGAAAGCUGGGGCCGAGGGAGGCCCAAGCCCGAUGUGGCACCCCAGGUGGCGGCCAAGGUGACCAUCAUGGCUGCCCACGUGGAGGACGACCAGCGCACCAUCUACCUCAGUAGUCCUGACUCAGCAGUGGGUGUGCAGUGGCCCUUUGGGCACAUUGGGCCAGGCCUGGAGGAUACCCCCAUGCGAGAGCAGCCACUUCACAACCACCUGCCUGGCCCAAGGAGUGAGGACCUGGGAAGAAGAUGCCCAGCUAUCCCCCCCAAGGUCUGCAAGGGGAACCCUGGGGUGUCUCAUGGGUCCCCAGAGGGCUCUCCACUAGCCCAGCUCAAAGAUGGCUACUGGGGCCAGCCGGCUGUCCCAGGUCCCACAGACACCUCCUCCUCCUCCUCCUCCUACUCCUCUUCUUCCUCCUCCUCCAGUGCCAGGGAGCUCAGCCGGUGCCUGAUGCCAGCUCAGUCUUCCUCCUGGGACCAGAGAAGGCCCCGCUUCCAGGGAGGGGCCAGGAGCUACCAGGGUAGGAUAGAGGAGGAAGACAGGGUUGGGGGGCUGGAUCCAGGGCCAGCCAGCCCAGGAAUGGCUAGGGAGAUGGAGACAGCCAGCGGCAGCCAGCUCUCCCGGGCAGAGAGCAUCUCUGAGCAGCCCAGCCCAGCUGAGGGAGGAGCUGGGCCUGGCAUGAGCAAGUCAGCCUCCUUUGCCUUCGAAUUCCCCAAGGACAGGAGUGAAGCAGAGGAAUUCUCACCUCCUCCCCCUCCUCCAAAGUCAAGGCAUCUAAGAAUGAACAGGAGCAGCUCUGAUCUGGAACAGGCCAGCCUUGGCUUGCCAGACAGCCUCAGUGGCCCCCGCGUCCACUUCACCGCUGGCUCCACAGACAGCCUGACCUCUGACUCCCAGACCUGCAGUGACGGAGGGCUUUCCUUCGAGCCGGCCCCCUGCCCCUCCCCUGGGUGUCGUUCAGAGGAUGGCUCUCCGUGCGGUCCCCUGGGGCCCCUGCAACCUCCUCCGCUGCCCCAGAAGAAGAUGGUCAGCCGAGCUGCAUCUUCUCCUGACGGCCUCUUUCUGGCCCAUGGCUCCCCUGGACGCCGGACCUCAAGUCCCCGGCUGAAUCCCAGCCACUCCGAAACGAGCAUCUGCCACCCUGAAGACUCUCGCUUCCCUGGGCAUGGGCUGGCGGGCCGCACAAGGGGCCCCGAGGCCCAGCUGCAAGGGGCCCAGGGCUUCUCCCCCUCCUCCUCUCAGCUGAGCGUGUCCAGCCAGACCUCCGCCUCCAGCAGCCAGCAGCAGCUCCCCAGCCUCCUCACCAGCAUCACCAGCAAGGAGGCCACGUACGCCAAGCUCAGCGGCCUCUAUGCCCAGUCCCUGGUGCGCCUGGCCGCCAGAUGCGAGCGCCACUUCAUGGGCAGCCAGGGAUCGGAGCCACGCUUCAGCGAGAACAGCUGGUCUCUCUUCAAGUUGACGUGCAACAAACCUUGCUGUGACUCUGGGGAUGCCGUCUACUACUGCGCCACCUGUUCUGAGGACCCCUCCCGGCCAUAUGCAGUGAAGAUCUGUAAAAUGCCUGUGUCCAAGGGGACGUCUUACUGCGACCUGUCGGUGCCCAUUCACUUCAACCUUCAGCAGGACUGUGGCCACUUCAUCGCCUCGGUGCCCUCCAGCAUGCUCAUGUCUCCCGAGGAGCCCCAGGAUCAGGAUUGCGUGGUGGUGAUCACGAGGGAGGUGCCCCACCAGACGGCCGCGGACUUUGUGCGGGACGCGGCCUCCCGCCACUGGGCCGAGCCCGAGGCCUACGAGCGGCGGGUUUGCCUGCUGCUGCUGCAGCUGUGCCAGGGCCUGGAGAGCCUCAAGGAGCAUGGCAUCACGCACCGGGCUCUGUGCCUGGAGAACCUGCUGCUGGCGCCCUGCCCAGGUGCUUCCCUGGGGGACCAGCCACUGCCCCGUCUCAUCAUCAGCAACUUCCUCCAAGCCAAGCAGCAGGCGCGGGUCGGUGGGGGCAGCGGGGCCGAUGAGCAGCAGAGGAGGACCCAGGCGCGCCUGGCGCCCGAGAUCCUGGUGGCCGCCCAGUACAAGAAGGUCGAUGAGUUCCAGACGGGUAUCCUCAUCUACGAGCUGCUGCACCGGCCCAACCCUUUCGAGGAGCGGGCGCAGCUCCAGCAGCAGGACUACAGGGCCGAUGACCUGCCCCCCGUGCCCACCCUGUCCCUCUACUCUGCCGGACUGCAGCGGCUGGCCCACCGGCUGCUGGAGGCUGACCCCAUGAAGCGGCUGCACGUCACGGAGGCCAAGCGGGCCCUGCAGUGCCUGCUGUGGGGACCACGGCGUGAGCUGCUGCAGGGCCCGCUGCAGAACUGGCUGCACAUGAAACGUGCCCUGCUCAUGAUGAAGCUGGCUGAGAAGGCGCUGGAUGACCAGGCCGCCGUGGAGCUGGAGGACUGGCUCUGCUGCCAGUACCUGGCCUCUGCGGAGUCCACGGCCCUGCUGCAGACCCUGAAGCUGCUGCAGCCACUGUGAGCGCCCUGACCGGGCAGGCACGUGGAGUCGGGGACACCCAGACAGACAAACCGAGAGACACGUAUGCCUGGGCACACUCAUGGAGCCAGGGUAGUGCCUGGAGUAGGGACACACACACACGGAUGCCCAGGCAUACACACAUACGCGCGUGCACACUCACUCACUCAUACUCACAGACACAUGCACGGGGCCCCCAGAGUGUGCCCCUCCCCCCUCUCCACACACACACUCACAGAGUCAGGAGGUGGGAGCACCAUGGUCCACUCUUGGGGCUGCAGACCCCAUCUCAUCGUGCCACAGCAAACCAAGCCAGUGGCCGGUUUUGGACUGGCUGCACACCAUCCUUCUGUCUGUCAUGGGCAAAUUAGAGACUUGAGGGUGGGGGUGAGGGUGGGGAAAACAAAGCUGUAGCCCCCAACCUAGGCUCCUCCCAGACCUCCAGAGCAGAAGGGACCUCUGUGUGACCUAGCCCAGCUUGAGUGUUUUGUUUGUUUGGUUUUUUAAAUGGAACUUUGAUUUCAUUCUA